GAGGCGCCGCGUCGGGGCGGGGCGGGGCGGGCCCGGGGAGACGCUCUGGGGUGCAGGGGUCCUUCCGGUGCCCUCUGGCCGUCCCUGCCCCUCCUCUUUCCGAGCCAGUGUCCAGGAUGCAGACAUCAGAGCGAGAGGGGAGUGGGCCAGAGGUGAGUCCCAGCGUGAUGACUGAGGCUCUCCCAGAAUCUCCACCUCCCCCUACCAAGACUGCAGCAGCCUUUGAUCUUUUCAACUUGGUCCUGUCGUACAAGAGGCUGGAGAUCUACUUGGAACCUCUGAAGGAUGCAGGUGAUGGUGUUCGAUAUUUGCUCAGGUGGCAGACACCUGUGUGCUCCUUGCUGACCUGCCUGGGCCUCAACAUCUUGUUCCUCACUUUGAAUGAAGGUGCCUGGUACUCGGUGGGUGCCCUAUUGAUUUCUGUGCCUGCCUUGCUGGGCUACCUUCAGGAGGUUUGCCGGGCACAGCUGCCCGAAUCUGAACUGAUGCGGAGGAAGUAUCACAGUGUAAGACAAGAGGACCUGCAGAAAGUUCGUCUUUCUCGACCCGAGGCCGUGGCUGAGGUGAAGAGCUUCUUGAUCCAGCUGGAGGCCUUCUUGACUCGCCUGUGCUGCACCUGUGAAGCUGCCUACCGUGUGCUGCACUGGGAAAACCCUGUGGUAUCGUCUCGGUUCUAUGGGGCUCUUCUGGGCACAAUUUGUAUGCUGUAUCUGCUGCCUCUCUGCUGGGUCCUUGCCCUUUUAAACAGUACACUGUUUCUGGGGAAUGUGGAGUUCUUCCGAGUGGUGUCUGAGUAUAGGACAUCUCUGCGGCGGCGGAUGAACCCCAAGCAGCAACAACGAGUCUUUGAGAGCCCACUACUGCCAGAUGUUGGGGGGAAAGGUACUCUUCUGGAUAGCACGCCUGCCCCCACUCCCACGGAGGACCUCACACCAGGCAGUGUGGAGGAAGCUGAGGAGGCUGAACCAGAUGAGGAGUUCAAAGAUGCAAUAGAGGAGGAUGAUGAGGGUGCCCCCUGCCCAGCAGAGGAUGAGCUGUCCCUGCAAGACAAUGGGUUCCUGAGUAAGAACGAGGUACUGCGCAGCAAGGUGUCCCGGCUCACAGAGCGGCUCCGCAAGCGUUACCCUACCAACAACUUCGGGAACUGUACAGGCUGCUCUGCCACCUUCUCAGUGUUGAAGAAGAGGCGGAGCUGCAGUAACUGCGGGAACAGCUUUUGCUCUCGAUGCUGCUCCUUCAAGGUGCCCAAGUCCUCCAUGGGGGCCACAGCCCCUGAAGCCCAGAGAGAGACUGUGUUUGUGUGUGCCUCAUGCAACCAGACCUUGAGCAAGUGACACAAGAGGCCAGGCUCCAAGAGGCAGCAGUCCUGGGGCCCCAGUAGAUCCCCACUCUCUCCACCCCUGGCCCCUGUGGCGUGUGCUGGGCGAGUGUGGCCUGAGUGCUAGGUAGGAUUCCCUGUCUGUCUCCUGCUGUCUCCAGCUUUGCUGGAGCAAUGCUGUGCUCAAAUCCCAGGGAGCCCUGGCUGUUUGCCCUGCCCUGUCCAGGGCCACAUGGGUUCAGGGACAGCCAGGGAGUGUCCACUAGAGGGCAGCAGAGAGCUAGGACUGCUCUCAGCUAGGCUUCUAUGGUCAGGGCUAGUCUGACUAGGCUUGGGGAUUCCAUGAGACCUGAAAUUGGGGAAAGUUCUUUCCUGGGGGUAUUGGGCUGGUCCCUCCACCUCAGGGAGCCUGUACAAGUGCUUGCAGCACUACACCCCAGCUCUGUGGUUUGAAUGUUCUUCCUCCAGGUACCAGCAUGUGACUAGUUUCCCAUUAGUGUGGACAGGCCUAACAAGACCAGUAGCAUUCUAGCAGGGCUGAAGUUUCCAGAUUCCCUAGAGGAGUUGUGUUCAGGGGGCUGGUCCAGACCUUCAGUGUAAGGUGAGAACAGUAUCACAAAGCCCCAUAAGGCAGAGACCUUAGCUUAUAAAUCUCAGCUUACUUAAUGCUGAGAUGUCCUCAGCCCUGCUGGAGUGGCUGUAGGGUAUUUGGAUCACUCCUGUUCUCCUGCCCUGAGGCUGGGGCACCCUUUCCCUGGCCUAGCACCACAUAUCCCUUUCCCAGCCCUUGUCCCAUGGAAUGUGAGGCCUGGUGAGCCGAGCGGAGGUCCUGAAACCCUUGACUUUUGAGGUCUUGGAAAGUGUGGGAUCUUGCUGAGCUGGGCCUUCGAUUCCUAGGCCAUUUGCUGGAGGGCAGGCUCAGUUAUGGGAUAGGGCCUCUUGGCCAGUUUUCUGUUCCCGUUGUUCUGUGGGGUCCAUUAUCUCAGCCUAAGCCCUUUAGCUGGCUCUGCCCUCUCUCCCCUGCCCCCAGCUGCCCUGCCUUUUCAAUGUAUUUAUUUAUUUAUUUUAUGGUUCCUGGGAACAUGCAGCACAAGGCGCGGGGUGGGGAGGAAGAGGACUUCUCCUGCCUGGAACUCUCUUGUGCAUCAUGGCCUGCCUGGGGCCCACAUCCACAGUGGCCCACAUCCACAGUGGAGAGGGAGGGAAGGUUGGCAGACAGGGUCCCUCUCAGUCCAGCUUCCUGCCAAGCCACACAUGAGGUGAAGUGCGGCCUGGCAACCAGGUGCCAUUCUGUGGGGAGCCAGGCAGGCUUAGCAUCCCCUUUGUCCUGGUGGGAGAUGAGAGUUAAGUGCUCUGUGCUUGUUUACAUUGGAGAACAGUGGAAAGGAUCUGUGUAUGUGGAGGAUUGUCAAUAAACGGCCUCAAGCUUC